AUGGUAACAGCGACCGUUUACUGCGCACCCGCUCUACUGCGCUAUGCCGCCCUCGCCGUCUACAGCCUUGGCAGCCUCUUAGGACUUUAUAAGGCAAUGCGGGCGUGGUCCCCGUGGGAGCGACGGCUGUGCUUCGCCGCGCCGUUCUGCAUGCGACUGCUGUUGGCAGGCGCGAGAGCUGCGCGUCUGGGCGGUGGCGACCCACAUGCUAUCCUCCACGUGUUUUUACAGGACGCGGUGUCGCUAGGCGGUGGCGUCAUCGGCGCUCUGCAUAUCCCGGAGAAGUGGUUCCCGGGCGCGGUGGACCGCUGCCUCAACUCACACAACAUCAUGCACGUCUUAGUAGUGCUUGCUGUGUACUCGAUGCAUCAGGUGACGACACAAGACCUAGCAUGGAUGUCACGGGUAGACUGCCGCGCGCCCUUGCGUCAGCUC